CAAAGCUCUACCAGGUACGGUCGGUACGGUACAAGCUCCCAUCAGAAACAACAAAACACUGUUGGCAAAGCAUGCAACCAUGGGGAACCCGCCUCAUGAUGUUGAUUCUCUUGUGGUGAUUGACAUUAGUUCGGAUGAUGAUGAUGAUGUUGCCGUUCUCAGCGGCCCUGUGGCCAAGAAGAAAGAAAAGCCUUCUGGAAUGGAUCUUGCGUCGUGGAAACUCAUUCAACAACUGCAGGAGGACAACGACGAUGUGGUAGGGUUGUCAUCACGGCAGAUGAAACGGAAGAAUCUAAAGGAGCGAGAAGAACGUGAUUUAGAAAUCGCACGGCAACUCCAAGUAGAUGAAGAGCAAAAGACGGAACGGCGAAGCCAGCGGAGACGCAAAAAGCUGCAUCAGCAAGAGAAUCGGGAUAUGGUCAUUGCACAGCAGUUCCAGCAAGAUGAAGACAAACUGAACAAGAAACAUCGGAAAACCCCUCCUUCCAAACAAGAAGUCUUGGAUUCACUACAGCCCUGUCAAAAGGAGGCCAUUCAGUAUGUCACAAAGAAAGCAAAGGAAAUGCAUGACAAAUCCCUGCCAAGGUUGGAAACUCGCAUCGCAUCCUUGGGUUUUUCGCCAGAGGAUUUGAAACAGUGUCUAGACUACAUUCAAGAUGAUGCCCCCAUUGUUAUUCACCUGAAGGAAUCUACUCUGUCUUUUUUGGUCAAGGACACUCACUACCGGAACCUGUUUGAGACCAGCACUUCUGGAGGCGGCAGAGACAAGAAUGCUAGGGGAAAGUGGGAGAGUGACAUGUUUGGAGGAAGCUACAACUCAUCAGCUUGCACAAACUUUGACAAACCAAAGUAUGGCUGCUUGAAUGUAUCGGGUGAUAUCCAAGGGGUCAACAGUGCCCGCCGCUAUGGGAACCUUUUCAUGAUUCUUCAACCACAUGUUCGGUAUCGCUCUACAUUCUUCAACAAGGAUACUGGAGCCUUUGUGGCCACUGCAACUCUUGCAACUCAUGAGUUCUAUGCUCACGUUUUGGAUGGAUAUAAUGACAACGACCUAUCAGCUGUAGUGAAUGUUUGCAAGUCAACUAGAGUUGGUGGCACUCGGUCCACCUGCACUACAUACAAGGAGGUACAAAUUCAUGGGCCUGUCUGUCUUGCCACUGAUAUCCAGGCGUUAUCAGUUCCUGGCCAUUAUGGGACUGCCGGCGAGGCCCUCAAGAAGGAUGUGUUGGAGUUCCAGAAAAAGGCAAACUGCAACAUUCUUUGGCAAGGCGACCUCUUGAAUCCUUGAUUGGUUUGAAGCCGCCAAGAGAGAGAGAGAGAGAGAGAGCAAGACCAAUCACCUCCGGCUCACAACCGACAAAGGGGAGGCUGCUUUGUAGAAACGUACUGAAUCUGCAUAUUCCGACAGGAGACCAGUAUGGCGAACAGUGCUACAAGCAUCUAGCUAGAUUACAAAUAAAACUGCAACAGCAUCCGUAGCUAAACCAAAAGAUUAGAUCUG